CGCAGCGGCCAGUCCUCGCCACGUGGUGAACGCGCUCGCACGGGGUCCUCGUCGCGCACCUCUGUCCCGCCCGUGUGUCUCCUGUCUGUCCGUCCGUCUGUCGGGAGCGUGUGAGUCGUUACGCCCCUGGAGGCUCUGCCGGAGCGAGUGGCGUGGUUGACGCGGUUGACAGGCUGUCCUCGUCGGCCUGGGUGUUGUUGUCGACGUAGGGCGAGUCGAGCACCUCGACGAAGAAAAGUGAAAAACCACCCUUGAACGCCGACGCAUCUGGAUUGCCGUUUUUGUUGUGUUCUGGAACCUUCGCUGACGUCGUCAUGUCUGUCGAGAAUGGCCAGGUCCACAAUUUCUGUGGUGGAUGUCAAGAAUGGCUCCAGCAAGCACUCCGCGACAACUGUGGGUGUGGUCUUUGCCUUCACUAGUAAUCCUACUGAGUCUUGUGUGGUACAAGCGCAAAAGGAAUACCCUUCGCUCUGACCCAGGAGGUACAUCAAAACUACUACCAGACGCUUCAGAAUCAGAAAGUAAAGGGCUUGAAGAGGAUAAUACCUCUCCUUUACUUGUUCAUGGUGAAGCAACUUCCAAUCCUGACUCAACAAACGAAUCUGUUGAACUGUAUCAGAAGUCAUUGGCUUCUGUUAAGAAUUUAAUCAGUGAAAAGCCAGGAGGCAUUGUGGAAGUACCAAUCAGUGAGACUGACUCAGUAAAACCAGAAUCUACUGAGGUACUUGCUGUUGAAGAAGUACUUUGCAAACAAGUUGCACCAGUGUGUGACGUUUUGCCUGUGCGCAAGGAGGCAAAAGUCUGUGAAGUCAUUGUUGACAAGAAAGAGAUUGCUCCUUGUGUCACAGAAAACUCAAAGGAGAAAAGUACAGAAUCCGAGGAUUCUGUUAUUGUUUGUGAGAAGAAAGUCAUUACCACCUCUACCAAUAUGAAAGAUACUAAAGAAGUAGAAGUCUCUGUUGCACCUUCUAAGGAUUUGAAGGAUGACAGUGACAAGGUAGCAGCACUUGAGGGUAAACUAGCAUCCCUGGCACUUGGUUCAAGUGAGGAGCAAAGGCGGGGGGCAGAGAGGGACUCUGCCAACCACAGCCCAGUGGACGCAAUGCUCGCCAGCCCCUCAAUGAGCAGCUAUUCAGAUGAACACAGCGAGGGUUCCAGUGAUAGUGGAAAAGGAUGCAGUGACGUAGCCUCCCCACCUUCCAGGACCCCAGUUGGAAGUGGUUCACUGGCUGGAGAUGCUGAAGUUGGCACUGGGGUAGAGUCAACAAGUGGAUAUACAGUGUACGACUUUCUACUCUCUCAGCUUUACGCUGGCCGUCUCAUCGGCCGCCAUGGUUGUUUUGUUAAAGAAAUCAAAGCAAAAACAAAUGCAUCCAUAUGGAUAAAGAGGCAUCCAAAGAGCAGAGACUUGAAAAUUUGUUCAGUUGAAGGCACUUCAGCAGAAAUAGAAAAUGCUUUAGCUAUGAUCAGGCAACAAUUCCCUCUUAACAAGUAUCCCACUGUGACUUUAGAACAGAUUUCCUCAGCACCUACACCUUCCACUUUCCCAUUGGUACCAGACUUCUGUCAGCUGCACCUUGUUGAGGGUGUGAAUAAUGAAGUGAUGAUCUCCAGUCUGGUGUCCCCUGCACAUAUGUUUAUACAACAGCCUUACCAUCCUUCUUAUCAAUUCCUUCAAAGGCUUAACCACAUGAUGAAUUCUGUGUACGCACAUGUGGAAACCCCUAACCUACCUGAGCCAAUCGAAGCCGGCAAUAUUUGUGUUGCACCUGCUGUUGAUGGCUGGUAUAGAGCCCAAGUAGUUUCUACCAAUGAAGAAUCCCAGACUAGUGAAAUUAAAUUUGUAGAUUAUGGUGGCUAUAUGGCUGUAAACAACACAGUUCUGAGACAGAUCAGACAGGACUUCAUGACUCUACCUUUCCAAGCUACUGAGUGUUACCUUGCCAACAUUAAACCUUCUGGUGAAUCAGGAGAGUGGGGCCUUGAAGCUCUAAGGAUAGUUGAAGAGCUGACCAGAGGUCAAAUGCUGCUUGCUCAAGUAUAUGAUUACGCUGCAGAUGGUGUUCCACUUAUUUACCUCUACUCUUCUGUAAAUUCUCAGCCAUGGAUGUAUGAUCCAGAGGUUGUCCUGAUAAAUCAAGAGUUAGUAGCGCGAGGGAUGGCAGAUGUUGACGACUCUGUCUCGUCAUCUUCUGAGGCUGGUUCAUUAGUAGUUGCAGCCAAGGCUGUUGCAGCUGUUGCAGCUGCUGCAGCAAGUGAAGCUUCAAGCAAUAGUCAAACAGAAGAAACUACCGAGUCAAGUACAACAAAAGAAUGUGAAGAUAAAUCUACUACAGUUGAGCCUUCAACUGUGUCUGAAGUAGCUGCCAACUGAGUACCCCUACUGUGGAGUUUCAGCGACUUACCUAGGCAUUUUGCCUGAUUGCAUUGUGAUUUGUUAGCCUCUGCUGUGAUGGCAGGAAAAAACUUGUGAGCUGUGUCUUGCUGAGAAAAAAAAUUGGGAUGCUUGUAGUAUAAUGAAGUGCCAAAAUGAUGCCAUUGUGCUCAAGUGUAAAUAUAAAUAUAAAUUGCCCAUUAGAACUGAUGUCAACCAGUCUAAAUGCUCGGAUAUAUUUUGUUGUACAAUUUGUGUGUAUUUUCCCCAAGUCGCAAGGAUCUCAUCUGUACUGGACAAACCUCCAAGAUUCCAUUAAAGGACAAAAGACAUAUUUCCUUGCCUACUACUAAGAACAUUUAGCAUGUAAUUUUGUUGUAGUUGCUAAGAUGAAGUUAGUGUGUUGGUUAUGCUGUCACAAUGUAGAUUAGUCAUUCUUUGCUCCUGUAAAAUUGUGUUGAUUCCUUCCGUUCUCUUUAAUGGAAUCUGUUCCUUUGCAUGGCUGUGCAAACUCUUGAGGGUUGAGCUAAACACAGAGAAUAGAAUGAAAUGAAAAGGGAGAAAUGUCAUCAAUGAACUUUAGGAGUUAUCUUAACUCACAAAUUAAUAUUAGAAUUCAGUUCGUUUCAGAAUUGAUCAAUCAUUAUUACUGUAAAAUUCUUAGGAUUGAAAAUUGCACAGCCUAGUUCCUUGUGACUAGAACACUUAGGACAGAUGUUGUUUACUGUUAAUUUAUUUCUGUAUUGGGUUUUUACUUGCUGACAUGUAUAACAUUUAUAAUGUUUUUUUUUUUUCACUGUUGUCUUUACUUGUGUGUGAUGGGAGGGUUUGAAAUAAUGCUGUUAUUAUGUGAUCCAAUCAUUCACAUUGUUUUGUUGUUCUUUCGUUUGUGAAAACACUUGUUAAUCAUGGUAGGAACAUAUCUGAUAGUUUCUGAGAAUAAUCUGCUUGGACAUGGAAAGAACAGUUCACUACUGAUACGCUGAAAGCAUUUUACGAGGUUACUCUUUAUUACCUUUUGUGAACUUUCCUAAAACUCUUGUUUAAUUUUUAAAAUUCUUUUUAGUUAAGAAUGUAAGUAACUUGUCAUAGUGAUUCAAUUUUAAAUGGAGUUUUAGUCUAAUGUGCAAUUUAGUACUAUAUGUGGGCUCAGAUUUGGCUAAAGCUUGGGGUGUUCCAUUACUUCACUUUUAACUUUCCACCAUGUGUCUCGCACCCUUUUUAUUAUUGCAUGCACGGUCCCAACAGUUCCGUAGCAUUUAUUUGUGGUUGUUUUUUCAAAAUCUAGUUUUGUAACAAAGUUUUAUAAUGUCAACAUGUGUUAGUUAUCACUAAAAUUCAUAAUUUUGCAAAAAAAAAAAUCUUUUUAAAAAUAUUUUUAGUAAUUUCUGAGUUUUGUUGCUUUUCUAUAAGCUUUCAUGUGCCAGCAGGUAAUUACAUAAUCUUAUAAAGAGUGUUUUCUUUCAAUUGUGUUGUACUUGCUACUUACUUUUCUUUUUCAUUAAUUAAUUUUAUUCUGUGCAAGUUCUGAAGGAAAUGAUAUUGCAGUCUUGUAAAGUAAUGCAAUUGACUCAUAGCAUAGCACAUUAUGUUCUUAAACAUGUAGAAUGAAAACCAUCAGCACACUAGUGAAACUUUAUUUUGUAAAUAGAUAUGUGAAAAUAUAUUUGAAAUCAGUUUCCAA